UCUACUUCGAAGUCAGUCAGCGUGUAGUAAGAGUCAGCGUGUGCAUAAAGUCUCAAUAGUCAGGUAGUUCCAGUUAAAUAUCACUGUCCUCAAUCCAACAUCAACAAACAACAACAACAACAACAACAAGUGUUCAAUAAGUAAAAUGGUGUUUCUUGAUAGUUGUCCAGUGAAAGUUCAGUGUCUCGUUUUAUCUUAACUUCGCUUGCUUUCGAUUAUUAUCGAUAAUCGUUUGGAAGAAAAAGCGAAAGUUACAAUAAGAAAAAUGAUAGAAACAAAAAUAUAUAAAAAUAAUACACUUAGUUGUUUGAGAUUUGUUAGGAGAAGCAACCCAAUGUGUUUGUUUUUUUGUUUUGUUAUUGUAACAUUUAAAUGAUUAUAAAAACAAACACAAUUUGCAAAUGUCGAUCAACAACGUGUUUGGUUUUUUUUUAUUGUAACAAUUGAAUGGUUAUGAAAAAAUAAAAACAGUUUGCAAAUGUCGACCUUCGAUAGGAUUGAAUCAACUUCACCAACACCACCACCAYUACGAUCGUCAGUAUCGUUCACUAACACAACUUCUACUACUACUACUACUACUAUUGGACUUGAGAGAAUUUUAUCAUCGAACCAAGCGUGUCGGACGACCAGAGGUGGUGGUACUACCUGUGUGGAUAUUCGAUACUUGCCCAGAUAUCGAAUGAUCCUUUCGUUGACCGACCGAUUCUCGUAAUUCAAGAAUCCCUUUUUUCACUCACGUUCAGUCGUGUUCAUCGACGAGAAAUAUCUUUUUGAACUGUACGACGAAGUACACGGUCGUCUGGUCGCCUUUUCUGUCCCUUUACCUGUCCCCGUCACCGUACUUCAAGUUGCCGCCGUAUAUACUCGUCGUCAACAAACGUGUAUCUGUGUAUUAAUGCAUAUUCACAUUAGUGAAAGAAACUAGUUCGUCAUUCUGAUAAGAACAAAAAAAACCACAUUUUUUUCUUCUUUUUAUUAUUAUUAUUUUUCUCAUCUGCAAUUAUUUUAUUUUCCUAUGGAAGAUAAAAAGGUGUAAACACAGGUUCGAGUGUUAAAGUGUUCGUCAGUUUUUUUUUUUUUUUGGCUUCAAAUUAAUCAGAGUGCAAUUCCUACGACAUUUUAGUUUCCUUUUGGUUUGGAAAAAUAUUAUUAAAGUAAAGUUGGAAAUAUAUAAAAAAAAAAGUGACAUGGGUGGUGGAGUCAGGAUGAACAGAGAUAUUCCUAGCAGUACCUUAGCGACCUUGAGGGGUAUUCUGGUCAGUUCGUUGUCGAAAGAAAACCUUGGCCCAAACGAUAUUUCCUCGAUACACGAACAACAACAACACCAACACGUCAGGCUUCGACCACCGAGGAAGGUUCACUUUCGCGAAGCUGGAGCCGCUUCUGAGGAAAUUAACCAAAGGACCAGUUCUGCACACAAUCGCCACUCUCUCACGAAGGAAGAAACAAUGCAUUGGUUCGCUCAGAUAGGAGGUGACGGUGGUGGUGAUACUAAUCAUUUUCCAAAUAAUCAUCAUCGGAACGAUGUGAAGCGCCGCCGAAGUCUCUACGACGAGGACUCCCUCGACGAUGAUCGUCUUGACGAGAACGAAGCACGAGACUCUACGGGAAGCGCUAAAGAUGUUGACAGGGCGAGGCUCGUUCGUGAAAGGCAAAACGAGGAAAGACAACGGAAACUUGAAGAGCUGAGACAGCAGGCACUUGCUGCUCAACGUUUUCGAGAACAACGAGAGGAAGAACGUCGAAGACGUAUCGAUGAGCUGAGGUCACGAGACAAUGAUAGACGGAACCAGGUAGAAGAAAGGAAACGUUUAAUAUGCGAGGCAGAACGAGAAAGGCGGGAAGCAAUCCUACGAAAAAAUCAAGAAAGGGAGGCACGUAUCGAAGCAAAGAAGAAAAAUGAAAGAUCCCACAUAGUUUUUGCGUUUGGCAGUUCGACACCGAGGAUGUUGGAACCAGCCGAUACAGGUGGUUCUACCUUCUGGGGUACGCGAAGGGCCACUUCAACUACCAACGUCAUGAUGUUUUCAGCUGCUCAACCUUUGACCAGGAGAUCAUCCGAAAGGGAAUUAGAUGGCAGCAAGAAACGUGCUACUUCUGCUGGUGGAUUGGACAGAAAACCCGGUGAAGUCAUUGGAAUGAAAGCUAAUGUUCCAGAGUUGGAUGAUUUGUUUGCAGAUAUGAGAAUGUCCUCGUCCAUGUACGAGGUGUUCAAUUGGAAUACUAGCCCCGAUCCUCCCUUAACCCCUGGCAAACAUAAGAGAGCAAGCCUCUCUCUUCCUCCUACUACAGACAUCUUUGCCAUCGAUGAUAAGUCUGAUAGCGAUACUAGGCGUCCAAUGAUUCAGCGGGCUGUCAGUGGUGAGGAUAGUGACGGAACACCUGGAACACCAAGUUCAGUUUAUCUACGAGUGAACAGGAGACGUACCGACCUGAUGCCGACGAUACCGUCCCCACGUGAUGGACCACCAACGUCAGGACGUAGCUCAUCGGCCAAGGCCUUCGCACGUUCCCCAGGUAGGACUUACUCGAUGUCGAGACUGGACCAGUUAUCUCAGCCUAGGAAACGUCCGACAGAGCUUAGUACAUUGACGGAACAGCAAAACAGUCAGCCUCUCAGUGGUUCAAGCAUGAGUCGCAGCAUGUCGCACUUGGCUGCUGCUGUUGCUGCUGCUACUGCUACUACUACUGCAUCAGGAAACAAGAGUCUUAAACGCUCGGAUAAUUCUCGUAGCAUGGGUACAUUACCGGGUGCCGUACCAAUCCCAAGACCUACAAGGGCUGAAAGAUUGCGUCGAAAGGCUCGUGAGCUUCAAAAUCAACAGCAACAAGGUAUCCGCAGCGGGGAGGUGACGCCGAACAGCCCAUCACGACCCCACAGCUCCAUGAGCCAGCAAAGUGCCAGCAGCGUUUGUAGCAGUAACGUCAAUCUACGUCCUCGUACUUCUGCUCCGCGUCGACCGCGACCUGCUUCUAUCGCUGGUACCGGCGUUUCGGUCACAGAGCGACACAAUAUCUCAGGUGACGCAAAAUUAACAAAGGAUUCAAAGCCACCACUGCCAAAGGUCCACAGUACUCCAAAGAAACCUUCUACGCCUAAAACAAGUGAGGUCAAGAAACCUACGGAAAAAUUAACAAAGAAUUCAAAGGCGUCGCCACGGAUAACUUCAAAAGCUACGCCUUUGCAAAGUCCAGGUGUCGAGCAUUCGCCACUCAUUCGCGAGGCCACUGAAAUAAUUGAACAUGAACAGCAUCAUGAUGAUAAAAAUGGCAAAUCGGAAGAAAGAAACGAGGAAAAGAAGGAUCACGGUUCGGAAAAAGCACAGGACAUAGAAGAAGCGGAAUUAGUUGUUGAAGAGAAAAAUGAAAUUAAAAAUGAAAUUAAAAAUGAAAUAAAGAAUGAAAUUAAGAAUGAAAUUAAGAACGAAGUUAAAAAUGGUGAUGGUCCGAUAGUUGAACAACCUGUACCAGUAGCCGCUAUGAAACAAGCCAAGGACGAUAGUAAUUUCAUGCAAGAAACGUUAUCCUCUCAAGAAUCCUCAUUGAAAAAAGAUGAUAAUAAUAAAGUGGAGAAAGUAGAAAAGAAAUUGCCGAUUGAACAGGAAGCUGAAACCGAAACAGAUAACGAAGAACAAAUUGACAUGUCUGCUUCAAUGAUUGCAAAAAUUAGAAUCACAACGGAAGAAGAAGCUAAAGCUGCAUUGGCUGAACGCAGAAGAUUAGCUCGAGAACAAGCGGAAAGGGAAGCCGAACUGGAACGUUUACGAUUGGAAGAGGAAGCCCGUUUGGAAGCUGAAAAAUUACGUGCCGAAGAGGAAGAACAACGACGUUUAGAAGAGGAAACAUUGCGUUUGGCGAAUGAAGCAAGACAGGCCGAAGAACAGAGAUUAAAAUUAGCAAUCGAGGAAGCGAAACGUCGUGAGGAGGAGGAUCGAAGAAGACGAGAGGAAGAAGCUCGUCAGAAACAAGAAAAGGAAGAGGCUGAAAAGAAAGCGAGAGAAGAAGUUGAAAGACAACGAAUCGAAAUGGCCGAACGUUUGAAGAAAGAAGAAGAGGAAAGAAUUGCACGACGUAAACGCGUUGAAGCGAUUAUGCUCCGAACACGUGGAAAGAAUCAAUCAAAUACAUCGACAAAGGGCGAGGGUGGAGACGGUGAUAAAUUAAAAGAAGACAGUCCUAGCGAUGAAAAUAAAUCUGUUCCCGGUAGUAAAAACGAAGACGUUAUGACAGCAAGUUUAAUAUCAGAAGCUACUCAGCAAUUUUUAAGUGUUGAGCAACGAGCUCAUCAUGUAGAAAACGUUACUACUGCGCCAGCUAUCGUUCAUAAUGGCACGCACAGUAACGGAAUUAAUGAAAAUAAAAUAGUAUUGGAUAAUAAUCAGGGUAACGUCGAGGGAGGACUUAAUGGUCACCAUACGAAUAAUCAUGGGAACGAGAUCAACAGUCAAUCUAUUGCACUGGAUAAUGCCACCGUCAAACAAAACAACGUGACCAACAACCUGUUAGACCUGUCAGAAUUCGAUACUCUGAGUAAUAACAGUAGUGGUCCAACGCUUGAAUUGACGCUCAACAACAUGGCCACGGAAGAUACCCUCAACUCGAAUUUGAAUCCAGCCGCAACACCAUUCACACCUUUGGCAAAUACCUUUACAUCUGCUGGUGCUAACGCCAACAUCAAUCCUUUCCAAGAUGCUUACGUAAAUAACAAACAACAAGACAGCAAUCAAAUGUCAGAUCUUUUGUCCUAAGAUUUAUCUAAAAUCUUCUGAGAUGAGCAAUGGAGAGGAAAAAAGAGAGAGAGAAAGAGAGAGAGA